UAAUAAAAAGAAGAAGUAUACUAUUUUCCGACCGAGGAGUCAUCGUGAAUUCAAGUUAGUUCAAGUAACAGUUGUUCAAGACGAUUCUACGGAGGUAGAUGGUUAACUUUUGGCAUGAUGGGAAAGCUUGUACUUAUCAACGAGUCCACGAAAGAAUGGAUUACUGUAUCGGACAAAGAUCAAAUAAUUGGCAGAGGAGAUUUUCUGGCGUGCACCGAUAAAAGAGUUUCGAGAAAUCAUGGCAUUAUCAGAAGUCAAUUACAAGGCCCAAAAACAUUACUCUUUCUCCAGGCAUUGCACCAUACAAAUCCAAUAUUUUAUCGGAAAAAUAAUGAUACCCAGGAAUUUAUUUUGAAAGAAGAUGAUACCAUACUGCUGGAUGAAGGAGAGAAAUUUCGUCUUUUGCCAGAUGGAAUCUGGUUCGAAGUAAAAUAUGAAUGUGAACCAGAUUCCACUGAAAAUGGUCUCCUAAAUGCGGAAAUUACAGCUUCCAAAAGUAACAAAGAUCCGAAUGAUUCCAUGUUACCUGCGGAGGAUUCCUCCAAACGUAAGCAUGAAGCCGAUACUUCUGAAGAUAAUACCAAACGACCGCGUGAGGCAAGUGAUGAUCAACCAUCGACAUCGUCGGCAGUCCCGCAAGCUUAUCCGUCAGUAAAACCUGACCCAGAUAGUAGCAGUACAGGCGGUAUGGCUUUGCCAGUUACCAUUAAACCGGAUCCAGAUAAUGUGCCAUCGGACAGUAACUCGAAUCAAGUUACAAUUAAACCUGAACCGGACGGCUCUAAUAGCAAUGCCGGAAUAAGUACCUUGAAUAGCGUAGGAAACGUCUCAGUUAUACGUCCUUCGUGUGAUUUUGGAAUACGCUGUUACAGAGGCGGAAGUGAUCAUCGCGCCAUGCUUGCUCAUCCCGGUGAUCUUGACUAUCGAAGACCCAACUUUCCACCUGCACCACCAGGUUCGCCAUUGUGCCCCUUUGGAGUUCGUUGUUACAGAAGGAAUCCGCAGCAUUUUCGCGAUUUUAAUCAUCCCGAUCCAAGUGUGAGCUUUAUCCAGAGCAGACCGGUGCGAUUAAUCGUUCAUAGAACCCUACCUGUUGAUGACUUUACCGACGAUGAAUAUUAUGAAGAUUCAGACAUCGAUUUUGGAGAAACAUCGUCGGAUGAAUAUAGCAUAACAUGGCUUGAUGAAAACAGUGAUGGAGACGAAGAAUGAUGUAAAAAAGAAAGUACUUCUAAGAGAUGUUAGUUAUUAAGUUUAUUAUUAUUAUUACUACUCUAUAUAGUUUACGUUUAUCAAACAAUUUCAACUGGAAAAGAAUAUCAAUAAAAAGCUUAUUUACUUGGUUUGUGGAU